CGGCCCGGCGGGGCCCAGCGCGGAGCGGGCGGCGGCGGAGCCCCGGGACUGCCCCGGGCGCGGGCGGGCGGCGCGGUGGCUGCGGCUUUGCCCGGUUGAAGGCAGUGAUGGAACGGUUCGGGGUGAAGUCGGCUCCGUCGCGGAACCGCUCCAAAACYGCUCUGUACGUGACCCCCCAGGACCGUGUCACAGAGUUCGGCAGUGAGCUGCACGAGGAYGGGGGGAAGCUCUUCUGCACCUCCUGCAAUGUGGUGCUGAACCACGUCCGCAARUCCGCCAUCAACGACCACCUCAAGUCCAAAACGCACACCAAGAGGAAGGCGGAGUUUGAGGAGCAGAACRUCAGGAAGAAGCAAAGGACUCUGACUGCCUCCCUCCAGUGCAACAGCACUGCCCAGACAGAGAAAAGCAGUGUGAUCCAGGACUUUGUGAAAAUGUGCCUGGAAGCCAAUAUCCCCCUGGAGAAGGCUGAUCACCCCUCUGUGCGAGCCUUCCUGUCCCGCUACGUUAAGAAYGGCAGCUCCAUACCCAAGUCGGAGCAGCUAAGGAAAGCAUAUCUGCCUGAUGGSUAUGACAAUGAGAACCAGCUCAUCAACACUGAAGACCGUUGAGAAGACAACUGUUUUCAUCCUUGUUGUGGAGUUUUACAUAUUGAUGGUGUGGUUUAUUUUUAUAUUCAUGCAUAUAUACAGUGUUACAUAUUGAUUUUACAAGCUAUUUUGUAUUCUUGUAGAAAUGACAAUCUACUCCUGAACUUAGUGGCAUGCCACAGAUUGUCGCUAACCCUGCAGUGGACUUCAGAGCUACGUUGAUGUAGAGCUCAUGAGGAAUGUAAGGAGCAGUCCUGGCAGACACCUGAUCUCUGUUCAGUCCAGCUGUAACUGAGGCUAAGAAAAAGGCACUUGAAUGGAGCACCUCACUUCACAGUGCAUCCAAGAAGAUGGUGUGGUAGGGAUUGCUAAUCAUGGCAGUGGACUGCUUUGUCUCAUAUCCUGUCCCUGAAUGACCAAGAAGAGGUGCUGCACCUUUGAAAUCCAAGAAGCUCUAGGAUGGUUAGUUAAAAACACAAGUGCUCUGUUGGGGGAGGACUGUUGCAACUUUCUAUUCAAGCUUGGUUUACCUUUUGAAACAAAACUUUUUUUCUUCUAGAACACUUAUGCUGUUUAGUGCAACUGUGGACGUAUUCAUUAUCCAACUUAAACAAGCAGUCUCUUGUACUGACCUCUGAACUCUGCUAUUCUCCUAAGUUCUGGGAGAACUUAAGUGGGAGUUCUGCAGGUUUGCCAUGUCUGCUUUUCUAAAAUCACUGUUUCAUCAUAUUGGUUUCACAUGCCCCCUUCARUUUCCGUGCCAAUAUUUAAAGCUGAGUAGACAAACCAGUCUGAGUGUGGUUUGCAGUGCAGCUGCUGUCAAGUGAAACUCAUGCUGGACCAAGUUCUUAGCAGAGAGGAUUAAUGCCUUUUUUCAYACUAGCAGGGCUAAGGAUGCAAAAUCUUAAUUGGGGAUGGCAGGGGCACUAAACUGUGGAGUUCAGARGGUUUUUUCAUUGUGCACAGAAGAGGCUGCUCCAUCUUUCCCUGAAUGUCCUUUACAUCUCUGGCCUUGCCAUCAGCCUUUCAGUCAAGGGAGGUAAAGUGAUUAAAAUAGUUUUUAAAGCAGUUACUGCAAAGGCUCUUCAGUACUCCCAAGCACAAGUAGGAAGCUGUGUAUACUUUGAAGCUAUACUGGAAUUACAGACCUGGGCUGUAUUUCUUACUCUGUGCCAUGGCCACAUCUAUUGAACUGGCAAAAGUAAAAUUGGAAAUUGAGGAAUUUCAAUAAUGUUACCCUUUMCAAAAUCUACUAAACUCUUACUGAGCUAUUCCAAAUUAUGAUGCCAAAUAGUUCACCUGAUGCAAGUGUUCUAUAAGUUUUUGAAUGAAAUGAGGGAAUAUUGUGUAAAGCGCUGGAAUACAACUGAAUUCUGCCUGUACUGGAUUUCCUGGAGAUUCUCUAUGUUCAGAGAGGUGCCAAGCAUCUCCUGGGAACACAGGAAUCCUCCUUCUCAGUGGGUACAAUGGCAUAAGAAUGCUUUAAUUCCUGAGGAUAGAGCCAGUUGUCCAGCUUCCUUCUCCCAGUAGAGUUUCACAGCAUUUUAUUUACAGUAAUACUAAGGAAUUGCUGGAAAGAGAUAAAAUAACCAGAUUAUUUUGGGUUUGGAGCUAUUCCCCUGGCUAUAUUUAGAGCAGUCUCUUUUACUGGGCUGAGAGAGACUUACUGKUUUUUGGUGCAAUUAGCUCUACAGAAAUGCACUUGUGUUGUUCCAUUUCCUGCAGCCUCCUGAUCUGAAAUCUGCUGGAAUAAAUGGACAAAGCUGUGGAYAGAAGGCUUCUUGUCCAUGUGCACCAGUCCAAGGCUGUUCAGUCCACUGUUGCAUCUGCAGCCAGGAACAGCAACCUGUCACUUGGCUUGGCUGGUCUAGGACUACAGACAGAAAAAAUAGUAGCAACUUUUAUAUCUAAUCCUGGAGAUCAAGAUAUGCCUUCCUAAAUAUCAUUUUUUAUUGCACAAGCUUGGGUUUAGCUUAAAAUAUCUAACUACCUUGGGCUAGAACUGUUUAAUAAAUCUUUUGAAGCCAAGUGAAAAGUAAACUGCCAGUAGCCUUUUCUGUCCUGACAAGAAUUGRAAGUGUUCAUUCACAGCUACUGUUUCCUUACAGUGAAACAAUGUCCUUGCUUUAAUUUUUAAUCUUUUUUUUAAGCCUCAGCAAUGCUAUCUUAGAAUUGAAGAAAAUGGAAAAUAAUGCAAUAUUGCAGCUAGAGAAAUGGGAUGAUCAAAAGGUAGGAAUUUGGACUAGUUCACUCAGUUUUUGCUAACAUGGGAUUUUCCAGGCUGCACCCCAUUAUGAUUUUAUAUAGGAUUUGAUGCUGUAUGUUCUUCCCUUGAUUGACAAACUGACAGACAGGGGAACAUUAAAUAGGUUUGUAUAACUUAAAAAAAAUCAAGUUUGUUUCACAUUUAUGGUUUUACAUAAAAGUAAAAAAAAAAAAUUGACAAGUGUAAUGAACUCAAGGCACACUAGCUUGCAGGAAUUGCUGUCUUAAUUAUAGGAUAUUUUCAUUUAAAACUAAAGCCACAACACUCCUCAAGCAUUUUUGAAAAUCACAAUGUUGAUUCAUACUAAAAAUACUAAUAAUGGAGUAAAGCUAUGGAAAAUAAAGCACUUGCAGAUAAAUUAGAAAGAAUAGUGAAUAAGUAAGUUUAGAAUCAUGAAUGUAACCCAAAUCAUGAAGACUCUUAGAGAAAAUAAGUGGUUGCAUUCUGUCAUGAAACAGAGUCCUGCAAACACUCAAAUUCAGAGCAUCAUUUUGCCAGUAUGACUGCAGUUGGAUAAAAUAUAGCUUUCUUUAAAUUGCUGUUGAUCUCAGAGAAGAUUUACAGCAGAAGUUUUCUCAUCUAGCUAAACCUAAGUGAUAAUUAAAUCCUAAUUUGGAGGCUGUGAUGAAGUUGUUUGAACAGUCACCAUGGGGGUUUAUUUACUUGUGCAAGAAUGUAUUUCCUAUAAAGAAUACUUUCAGAAGUAAAGGGAGGAUGGCAGCAACGUCURCUUUCCACUUUCCAUCCAUAUGUAGGGACAAGCUCUAAGGGAUACUUUUUUCCAGAUGGUUUUAUGAAUAUAUUUGAACUCUAAAUGUAAUAUUACAAAAAAUUAAAAUAAGAAAUAUUUUCUUCUCUGACCAGUACUUAAUGUAGCCAACCAAAAACUAAAAUUACUUSUAAGUAUUUUUCUUGAAACAAUGCUUGCAAAGAGUAAAAUACAAACAGAAGCAUUCUCUGUUGUGUGACUCCUUACAUCUGCACACUAUGAUAGUUUCAGCUCACAUGGUCUUGAAAAAACAUGAGCAAGCUUCCAAAUUUUUAAUCAUUUUGAAGCCUGUAAUUUGGCAGGUCCCUAGGGAAGGUGAAGCAUUCAGCAUAAUGAAAGGGAAAUCUCUUUUUCAAUGGAGAGAGAAACUUGUUCCACAAAGUAUGGGAUAUUCUCAUGAUAGAAGGAGUGUUUUUAGCCAGAGCCCCUUUUAGCAAUUCUGUUGAACUGAAGAGUGAGAUGCUCCUUGUUAGGUUUUGCAGCAUAAUGAGCUGGUUUUCAGGAAAAAUGAAAAAAAAAAACAAAAAAAAAACCUGGAAGUUUGGCAAGGAUAAUCUCUAUAUUUACAUAUAAAGAGACGCAAGGCUCACUGUUGUUGCAUUCACAUUGUACUCACUGCUACUUUGUGUAAUUUGAGUGCUCGUUGUCUUUGUACAAUUUUGAAGUCGUGUCUAACUUUCAAAAUAUUUUUAUUUUAACAAAGCUUCUCACUGUAAUAGUGCUAUUAGAGUUUAGUCUCUUUUGGUCUAAUGAAGAUGCUUUAUUUUUGUUUUGGUGGUAGGGAUGUUUUGUUGAUGGUGAGUGGCCACAGAAAUGGUUUUAUUUAAAAAAAAAGUCAUGAACUUAUGAUUAGAUGCUAGAGUGAGGCUGAAGAUACCUGGUUCCUGCAGUGCCACAAGACUUCCUGUAGGAACAGUAAGACCAGAGUAAGUGAUUUAAGUUUUUAUAUUAAAACAAUACUGAAGAGAAAUACUUUACAUUGUAAAGUUUUCACUUGGUAAUGAAAAAAACGGUCUCUUUAAAAAAAAAAUAAAGGUAUUCCUUUUUUAUAAAACUUA